UCCUUUUCUCUCAGAGUAGGCUGUGCGUCAGUUCCGGGAAGGUGGGGACAUUUCCUGAGGCGUUUACAACACCCAGAAGUUGUCCUAAGGGAGGCCGAACCCCAUUCAGCACACCAGGCCAGGAAGGUUAGGACCCGGCCCUGGGCCGUCCUGCCGUGGAGACGCCCCCAAAGCCCCGUGUACCAGCAGCUCUCUCGGCUGCCACCUGGGCUUCACCACCAUGUCCCUGGCUGAGGCCAUCAGCCUGUGGAAUGAAGGGGUGCAGGCAGCUGACAAGAAGGACUGGAAAGCGGCCCUGGAUGCCUUCAACGCAGUUCAGGACCCUCACUCCCGCAUCUGCUUCAAUAUCGGCUGCAUGCACACCAUCCUGGAAAACAUGCCUGAGGCCGAGAAGGCCUUCACUAGAAGCAUUAACCGGGACAAGCACUUGGCCGUGGCUUACUUCCAACGAGGGAUGCUCUACUAUCAAAUAGAGAAAUAUGACUUAGCCAUCAAAGAUCUUAAAGAGGCCUUGAUUCAGCUCCGAGGGAACCAGCUGAUAGACUACAAGAUCCUGGGGCUGCAGUUCAAGCUGUUUGCUUGUGAGGGCUGCCUGAGUCUUGGCAUGCUAUGGCCACCAGCUUCCCACAGAACAAAGAACCAAGAGAAGGUGUUGUACAACAUCGCUUUCAUGUAUGCCAAGAAGCAGGAAUGGAAAAAGGCUGAAGAACAGUUAGCUUUGGCGACGAACAUGAAGUCUGAGCCCAGGCAUUCCAAGAUUGACAAGGCCAUGGAAAGUGUGUGGAAACAGAAGCUGUACGAGCCGGUGGUAAUCCCUGUGGGGAGGCUGUUUCGACCAAACGAGAGACAGGUGGCCCAGCUGGCCAAGAAGGAUUACCUAGGCAAGGCCACGGUUGUGGCAUCUGUGGUGGAUCAAGACAGCUUCUCCGGGUUCGCCCCUCUACAGCCGCAGGCAGCCGAGCCUCCACCCAGACCCAAAACCCCAGAGAUCUUCAGGGCUCUGGAAGGGGAGGCUCACCGGGUGCUGUUUAGGUUUGUUCCUGAGACACCAGAGGAGCUCCAGGUCAUGCCAGGAAACAUCGUCUUUGUCUUGAAGAAGGGCAAUGAUAACUGGGCCACGGUCAUGUUCAAUGGGCAGAAGGGACUUGUUCCUUGCAACUACCUUGAGCCAGUUGAACUACGGAUUCAUCCUCAGCAGCAUCCCCAGGAGGAAACCUCCCUGGAACCCGACAUCCCACCUCCUCCCAGUUCCAAUGCCCCAGGGAGACCCCAGCUGUCACCAGGUCAGAAACAAAAAGAAGAGCCCAAGGAAAUACAGCUCAGGGUUCCCAUGCUCUACACGCUCAAGGUGCACUACAAGUACACAGUGGUCGUGGAGAUUCAACCUGGGCUUCCCUACAGCCAAGUCUGGCACAUGGUGUCCAAAAAACUACAGCUCCUGCCAGAACACACUAAGCUGAGUUAUCUGCCUCGGGACAGCAAUGAGCUGGUGACCCUUUCUGAAGAAAACAUGCAGGAUGCCUGGAGCCAAGCGAAAAACUACUGCCUUACUCUUUGGUGUGAGAACACAGUAGGUGACCAAGGCUUCCUAGAAGAACCCAAGGAAAGUGAAAAAUGUGACAGUAACAGCCAGAUAAAAGAACCUCAGUUUAAAGAAGGGAGCCAAGUGGUAGCACUCUUUAGCUAUGAGGCCACCCAACCGGAGGACCUAGAGUUUCAGGAAGGGGAUGUAAUCCUGGUGCUGUCAAAGGUGAAUGAAGAGUGGCUGGAAGGGGAGUGUAAAGGGAAAGUCGGCAUUUUCCCUGAAGCUUUUGUUGAAGCAUGUGCAGCCGUGGCUUUGGACAGCACUCCUACAGCAACCUAGGAUGUUUCACAAUCUUCAACUUCAAGAAAAGAAAGCCUUAUUAUUUGUUCACAGGAUUUAGCACACCUCUGCUGUGCAUCACAGAGACAUUACCGUUUGGAAGUGUUAACUUACCUUUCUUGUUAAAAUUCAACCUAUUAAGACAGUAACAGAACCACCCAGGAUAAAGAUUUCCGGGCGCAUGGAGACACGGGGAGUGUGCAAAGUAUCUGCAAGGGCAUGAGGUUCUCUCGAGUGCUGGUAAUCCAGAUGUAUUCACUUUGUGAAAAUUCACUGAACUGCACAGUUUUAAUCAGUGCAUGUUUCUGUAUAUGUGAUAGCUCAAUAAAAAAGAAAAAUUUAAAAAAA